UGUAAAGCUUAUAUAAACUGAAUACUACACACGGUUUUGGUAUCUUUGCCAAACCCAUUCAUCGUAUUUUAUUAUCUUACGUACAUGGUAUCGUGAGCCAAAAUAGUUUACGCUUUUUUACGAUCUUGCUUCCGCUUUUCCUAAACAUGGCUGAGUCUGGUUCUUCCUCCUCCCUCCAUCUUCCUUCUGAUCCCAAAAGCCAAAAAAUCACAGCCAUGCAGCAAACAGCACCCAUGUCCUCCAGUCAUCAGAAAAUGCUAACUCGCCAUGGAUGCUCUGUUUCUAUUCUUUCUUCUCUUUGUUUGUUUUCCGUCUUCGUCGUUUUCAUGCUCUUUGGCCAUUUCUGUGGGCAGAUUAGUUUCUCAGGAUUAGAUUUGGAUAUGGAGAAGACAAAAGUCACUCCCUAUGAUGAUCAAGACCGACCUCUACGUAACGGCGGCUUCAGUACUGGUUUUUCCUUGAACCAGUCCGGUCACCAUAUGGUAGCUAUCAGAAAGAAGGCGAAACUAAGCAGUGAGCAAAAGCUCGAACAAGGACUUGCCCGAGCACGAUAUUCAAUUCGCAGAUCAGCAGCUUCGAAGCUCAAGCUCUCAGCUGCUACCUUACUCAAAAGCGAUGAUUUCGUCCCCUCCGGAGUCAUCUAUCGCAACCCCGCCGCAUUUUAUCAGAGCCACAAAGAGAUGGUGAAGAGAUUUAGGGUUUGGACAUACAAGGAAGGAGAGCCGCCCAUUUUUCACGUUGGGCCAAUGAGAGACAUAUACUCAAUUGAAGGGCAAUUGAUUGAUGAAUUGGAAAGUGAAAAUAGUAAAUUCUUAGCAAGAGAACCUGAGGAGGCCACUGCUUUUUUUAUUCCGGUCAGCAUUGUCUUUAUCAUCAAAUACAUCUAUAAACCUUGCGUCGAUUAUUCCCGCGAACCUCUACAGAAAGUUGUAAAGGACUACAUUCACACCAUAUCAGAGAGAUACCCAUAUUGGAAUAGAAGCAGCGGGGCUGACCAUUUUAUGGUUUCUUGUCAUGAUUGGGCACCAGAAGUUUCAGCAAAUGACCCUGAACUUUUCAAACACUUUAUCAGGGCUCUAUGCAAUGCCAACACUUCGGAAGGCUUCCAAAUUACGAGAGACGUCUCCAUACCUGAAGUUCAUAUACAUAAUAAAAACUUGGAUAUCCCAAGAUUAGGCCAACCCCCAAACAAACGUUUGAUCUUUGCCUUCUUUGCUGGUGGGGAUCAUGGGAAAGUAAGGAACUUAUUGUUUAGGCAUUGGAAAAAUAAUGACACAGAUAUCCAAGUGCAUGAAUAUCUCCCAAAAACCGCAAAUUACUCAAGGAUGAUGGGUGAAAGCAAGUUUUGCUUGUGCCCUAGUGGGUGGGAAGUUGCAAGCCCUAGAGUGGUUGAGUCCAUACAUGCAGGAUGCAUCCCAGUUAUCAUAUCUGAUAAUUAUGUGCUACCAUUUAGUGAUGUUCUUGAUUGGAGCCGAUUUUCGAUUCGUAUUCCCAGUGCGAAGAUACCCGAAAUGAAGAAGAUUUUGCAAGCAAUUUCAGAAGAAGAGUAUUUAGCAAUGCAAAAGCGGGUAAUCCAGGUGCAACGACAUUUUACGCUCAAUAGACCAGCUAAGCCAUAUGAUGUAAUACACAUGGUGCUGCAUUCAAUAUGGCUUAGGAGGCUUAACAUAAGGCUGCCCUUGUAAUGCUUCGACUAAGUUAAGGUUGUCAUGUACAUUCAUAAAAGAUUACAAAGCAUACAUAGAUUAGUUAUGGGA